AUGACGCAUAAGAGUGUCGAGGUUGGAAAGCCAGAGCCACACCUUGCCUAUGAACUAGCUGACAAGGCGCUAGCAAGGUUGCCAGAAGGCAGUAUAACCUCAUGGGCGCAGUUGGCAAAGGCAUUUGUGACUAGAUUUAGAACGAAUACCAAGACACCAGUGAAGAUUGACCAGCUACUCUACAUUGACAUGGGCGAGAAGGAAACAUUGAGGUUUUACAACAAUCGAUAUUGGGUGACUUUCAAUCAGAUUAGGGAUUGCCCCACAAACCUCGCCAUCGCACAGUGCAAACAGGGUUUACCGGUCGGUAACAAGUUAAGGGAUUCAAUGACGAUGAUGCCACUCCUCACAAUUGAGGCCCUAAUGGAGAGAGUGCAUCAACAUAUCUGGGUAGAGGAAGAUAGUGCCUGA